UUUUUUUGGAGAGUACUAUAGCUCUAUAGAAGAAAUAAAUCUGAUCAUUUACAAGAGGGUUUGCUAACUUCUCGCCAAACGAUCUACUCCUCAAGUACCCUUACUUUUUAUAACGGAAAUGCUAGCUUUCAACCGGCUGAUGACUCGUGCGUAUCCGCCACCUCCAUAGCCGUCGUAUUUGAUUUUAAUCGUACGGACAUACGAUGCGUAGCGCACGCUAGAUGGACCAACAAGUUUGCAACAUUGGGCAUGUUGCAAACACAAGAUGCCAUGAUGCAAACAUACAAAGCCCCGACAUGUAGACAUCGUGUAUAUAACUUGAUCAUUUUCUUCAUUGAAAAAAAAAUCUGCAACAUCAUCCUUGUUGCAAAAAUCCUUCCGCAAUAUCAUCUAAGUUGCAGAAAGGUGAAAGACAAUUUUUUUUCUGCAACACAACCCCUCUUGCAAAUAUUUUUUUGCAACAGGAUCUUUGUUGCAAAAAAUAAAUGCUUAAGGAAAUAACGCUUCAAGCUAAAAAAAUGCUUCAAGUGGUUUUACAACAAAGCCUCUGUUGCAGAGUGAACAUCGCAACAACCAGCUUGUUGAAAUCCAGGACACACACGUUUGAAGAGAUCCGAUGGCUAUUUUUGCGUCAGUCGGGUGGCCCUGGAGACUGCCGAUGUUUUCAUUCUAUCCGCCGGCGGACGCGUACAGUCACCAUUUUUAUAAGCGGCCUUCUUUUUUAUAUAGAAAAUCAACUUAUGAGUGAACUCACGUUUUAUAUUUCAAUGCGAGCUAUAUGUUUUGAUGAAUGCACAUCUGAUGAGUAGAGAAGAGUAGUACUACACGCACGUUUUUUUUCUCUCCAUACAAUUCUAAAAUUUAAAUUUAUUUUAUGUUUUGAACUGUAAGUUUGAUUUAUGAUACAUUUGCAUAUUUAUGUUCCUUGUGAAGAGAGCAUCGAAAUAAGAUCACUCAAUAUAUUUUCACAAAUUAUAAAAUUCAAAUGUGAAACGUGGAGAGGUCUUACGAAACUGAAAAGAAAAUACUGUAUGUAUACCAAGUUUCAUCGAGUUUUCUACAGGUCUUGUUUAAAAUAUCUCGCCGAUAUGAGCACAUUUGUCCAAAUAGAAUAUAACACAAAGCGUUAGAUACAUCUUCUUUUAUCUAUUUUGAUGCCAAGUAUUUCCGGACGUAGAAAGUAUUUCAGAAGAUAUCAAGCAUCUAAAUCGUUAAAUAGAAGAGAAAAUAUAUUUAUGUGGGAGGCAUUCAAACGGAAGGACACUACUUAAAAAUGACUGACACACACAAACUGACCAUGUGACAGAAAGGUGGAGAAAAAUGGGACGUACAGCAGGUUAGUACAUUGUGAUUUCUUUAGGACCCUGAAAUAAUUAAGCGGCAGAUCAAUACACGGUAUUUUAUUUUUUUUGAAAUAAGGCAAAAGAUUUGCCAUUUUCAUUGAUUAAGAGGAAGAAAUAGAGGUUUUGGCCAAACGCCGAAUUACAAAGCAUUACUCUCGCGGCAUUACAUUACUCAAAAUUUUUGCCCCUGCCAGGCACCACAUGGAAGCCUCUUCUUUGAUUUUAGCAACAAUCACCCCCACCGGCACCGCGGUGUUGCGGAAGACACGAGCAUUUCUCUCCUUCCAGAUUUCCCACGAGAUAAGCAUCAUUAAAGAGAUGAGCGCCCUCCGAGAUUGCGAGAUGAUACUCGGUAUAUACGGUGCAUGGUAGAAAAUGCACUCUCGCCAGCACGUUCAUGGCUAUAUAUGUGGGCGUCGUACGCCUCAGUUCUCACAGGCAGUACGCAGCCUAUGCAUGCAUGCACAUCCCAACGCGUCCACGCAAUACAGAGUAGACAUCACUACAUCAAAGAUCAAUCAUGGCCGGAGCUCGUCAUAAGGUCGCCGAGCUGUUGCGCCACGCACGGCGACUGUCGACGGCCGCGCUCGACAAGGCAUUGUCCCUCCUGUCAUCGCCUUCGUCCUGGUCAUACGUGCAGCACCACGUCGUCAAGGAGCCGGUGGCGCGGUUGCGGCGCGCUCUCGCCGGGCGGUUCUGGCGACGACUCGGCUCGCUGCUCGUCCACGUCGCGUACUUCCUCGCCGUCUCCUGGCUCGGUUACCUCCUCCUCGCGCAGCUCAGGUUCCGCGCCGGCGGCGACGGGACGAGGCGGCCCCGCGGCAUCGACCUGUUCUUCACCGCCGUCUCGGCCGCGACGGUGUCAAGCAUGUCCACUGUCGAGAUGGAGGUGUUCUCCAAUGGCCAGCUCCUCGUCCUGACUGUCCUCAUGUUCGUCGGUGGCGAGGUGUUUUUGUCGCUCCUAGGCCUCGCGUCCAAGUGGUCCAAGCUGAGGAAGCAAAUUCACAAAUCAUCCCGGCGCGUCGAGAUCCACCACGUCGCCGAGCUUGAGAUGCCGCCGGUGGACGCCGCCACCGAAUUCGACAACCCAACGUCGAUGACAUCGACCGCCGAUGAUGAGAUAAGCAAGCCGUUGGGCCACUCGCACGAUACCAGGCUGCGGCGCGACGCGGUGCUGUCGCUCUUCUUCGUCGUCCUCGCCAUCCUCCUGGCGGUGCACGUCCUCGGCGCCGGGGCCAUCGCGGCGUACAUCUUGCACGCGUCGCCGGCGGCGAGGCGGACGCUGCGGGGCAAGGCCCUGAACGUGUGGACCUUCGCCGUGUUCACGACGGUGUCCACGUUCUCGAGCUGCGGGUACAUGCCGACGAACGAGAACAUGAUCGUCUUCAAGCGGGACACCGGGCUGCAGCUGCUGCUCGUGCCGCAGGCGCUGGUCGGGAACACGCUGUUCCCGCCGCUGCUGGCCGCCUGCGUGCGCUUCGCCGCCGCGGCGACCAGGCGCGUGGAGCUCAAGGAGACGGCGAAGAAGGGCCGGGAGCUGACGGGGUACUACCACCUGCUCCCGGCGCGGCGGUGCGCGAUGCUGGCGGCGACGGUGGUGGGCUUCCUCACCGUGCAGGUGGCGAUGCUGUGCGGCAUGGAGUGGGGCGGCGCGCUGCGGGGGAUGAGCCCGUGGGAGAAGGUGUGCAGCGCGGUGUUCCUGGCGGUGAACUCCCGGCACACCGGCGAGUCGACCCUUGACAUCUCCACCCUCGCGCCGGCCAUCCUCGUGCUCUUCGUGCUCAUGAUGUACCUGCCUCCAUACACGACAUGGUUUCCAUUUGAAGAGAGGUCGGGCGUGAAGGACCAUCCCACGGAGGAGACCCAGGGGGUCAGGUUGCUCAAGAGCACGCUUCUGUCACAAUUCUCCUACCUCGCCAUCUUUGUCAUUGCCGUCUGCAUCACCGAGAGGGAAAAGCUCAAGGAGGACCCCCUCAACUUCAACUUGCUCAGCAUCGUCGUCGAAGUCGUCAGCGCUUAUGGAAAUGUGGGCUUCUCCAUGGGUUACAGUUGCAGCAGGCAGAUCAGCCCGGACCGGCUGUGCACUGACAGGUGGACCGGCUUUGCUGGGAGGUGGAGCGAUUCCGGCAAACUCAUCCUCAUUCUUGUCAUGCUCUUCGGGAGGAUGAAAAAGUUCAGCAUGAAAGCGGGCAAAGCCUGGAAGCUUAGUUAGGGCAUGGUCAUGGCAUAGCCUCAGGGUGCUAUGUAGGAUCGGAUGACAGAAAAAGUAGGCUCGGAUUGGAAAGCGGGAUCCUCUACAGGAGACGGGUGCUUGAAAAAAAAGUAUGGUCCGGUACAUAAAUUUGGAAAAGUUGAAGCAAAGAGUAGGAAUACAUGUGUAGUGAGAGUCACUUUCUAUUCUUUGAUGAUGCCCACUGAUAGUAGCUUGCAUUGGGGAGAAAAAAUCAACAUAAAUGCCUCAAAUUACUUUUUGUUAUGAGGCAUCUGUAUCCAUAUGCCAUCAUUGUACAUGCCCUUAGGACAGCACCUAAUGACCACCGCAGGCACCAGUGGCCAUGGCCGGAGUGAGCUCCGAAUUAAUCACAAGAAUGGUUUCCUCUUCUUUUCACAUCUCAUAUAUGACUACUCAUGUAGACGUAGAAGGGGGCCUUCAAUGUGUCAUUCUUUUGCUUCAUGGGUUGGGCUUUUUUAGUCUGGUUGUUAGUUCGUACAAGCAAAGAAAACACAUCGAGACAACAAAUACCCGAAAUCACUAGUUGAGAAGUACUCGUUGUAAAGAUCACUCCAACUCCUCAGGUUGCGACAAGUGGCGCCCAUGCAGCGCACCACUUGGCGCAAC